GGCAGGGCUCCGCGUAGCGCGGCCUCCUUCGGGCCGGGUCGGGCCGGGCCGGGCUGGGCGGGCGGAGGCUGCGGAGGGAGGGGCGGCGGGCGGAAGGGGGAGGAGAGCGGCCGCCAGCGCCGAGGCCCCCAGCUUACAGCAGCCACCGAGCCGGGCGCCCGGCCUCCCGCAGCUGCAGCAGACCCCAGUGCCAGCUCCCACCCAUCUCUUCCCUAUACCCCUCAGGAUGCUCCAGACUUUGUAUGACUACUUCUGGUGGGAACGGCUGUGGCUGCCUGUGAACCUGACUUGGGCCGACCUAGAAGAUCGAGAUGGGCGUGUCUAUGCCAAGGCCUCGGACCUCUACGUCAUACUGCCUCUGGCUUUGCUCUUCCUCAUCAUCCGUUACUUCUUUGAGCUUUACAUGGCCACGCCAUUGGCUGCCCUGCUGAACAUAAAGGAGAAGGCUCGGCUGCGGGCAUCUCCCAAUCCCACCUUGGAGCAUUUCUACUUGACCAGAGGCAAGCAGCCCAAGCAGAUGGAGGUUGAGCUGCUGUCACAAAAGAGUGGACUCUCCAGCCGUCAGGUGGAGCGCUGGUUCCGCCGCCGCCGCAACCAGGACCGGCCCAGUCUGCUCAAGAAGUUCCGAGAAGCCAGCUGGAGAUUCACCUUUUACUUGGUGGCCUUCCUGGCUGGCAUGGCUGUCAUCGUGGAUAAACCCUGGUUCUAUGACCUGAAGAAAGUGUGGGAGGGCUAUCCCAUCCAGAGCACCAUCCCCUCCCAGUACUGGUACUACAUUAUUGAACUUUCUUUCUACUGGUCCUUACUCUUCAGCAUCGCCUCUGAUGUCAAGAGAAAGGACUUCAAGGAGCAAGUCAUCCACCACGUGGCCACCAUCAUCCUCAUCAGUUUCUCCUGGUUUGCCAAUUACAUCCGUGCAGGGACACUCAUUAUGGCUCUGCAUGACUCUUCUGACUACCUGCUAGAGUCAGCCAAAAUGUUCAACUAUGCCGGAUGGAAGAACACCUGUAAUGCCAUAUUUGUUAUCUUUGCCAUCGUCUUCAUCAUCACCCGCCUGGUCAUCUUGCCCUUCUGGAUCCUACACUGUACCUUGGUGUACCCGCUGGACCUCUAUCCCGCCUUCUUUGGCUACUACUUCUUUAAUUCCAUGUUGGGAGUGCUCCAGCUGCUACACAUCUUCUGGGCCUACCUCAUUUUGCGCAUGGCCCACAAGUUCAUAACUGGAAAGCGGAUAGAAGAUGAGCGCAGUGACAAGGAAGAGACGGAGAGCUCAGAGGGGGAGGAGGCCGGAGCUGGGGCAGGGGUGAAGAGUCGGCCCCUUGCCAAUGGCCACCCUGUCAUCAGUAAUAGCCAUCGUAAGAAUGACUGAUGCAUAGACGCUGCUGUCCCUGGAUGAACACGUGGCACCAAGAAGCUACCCACCCCACCCCUCCUACAGGGUCAGUUUCAGCUCUGGGGAGAAAGGAGAAUGCAGAAAGCUAGAGGAGAGUUCUUUGUGACUUACCCCUGCUUCUAUGUCACCCAGUUGCCUUUAAGCCAAAUUCUAACUGGCCUAUCCCCAGGUCGAGGGGAGGCUAGUUAUAUCCUGUCAAGAGGGGGGGAUGGUCUUAUUUUCCUCUCUAUUCUCCACAUUACCUUUUGUAUCGCUUUUGGGACUUCUUCAGCUCUGGACGUGUGUGUGUGUGUGUGUGUGUGUGUACACACAUGUGUACGUGUGUACUCACAUUCCUUUUUCUUCAGAAUCUGGCUCUCACUGUUUGCCUUGGACUCUCAGACCUCCAGAGCCAGGGUCAUGCCUUAGCACCCCACCUCAUUCUGCCAAAGUUAGACCUAGGCUUUUUUGGUCAGCCUUAGCAAAUUGCUAACUUGGGCCAGAAACCAAAGUUGAGCUGACUUUUAAACUUUCCCUCCUGAAACACAAAUGAACUGAGUGUAGAAGGGUCCACAUGACACUCUCCCUACCUCUGCCAAAAUAUGGGGCCAUGCUGGGGACUGCGCAGGUGGUCUCUGUACUUCUUUGCCAGCCUCCCCUGUAAUCACAGGUCCAAGAUUUUACUGCCUCCUUUCUCUGGCCGUUUUGCCAUGGCUAGCUGAUGUGGAGUAGAAAGGCAACUAGCUCUAACUUUUUAUUUAUUAAACACUUGGGGUUUGGGAUAGGAAGCCAGAAUUACAGCUAGCACCUGGCAUUCAGAGGGACCACUUCAGACCAAAAUGUACUGUCAAUGGUUUCUUUCUUUUUUUAAAUUAAAAUAUAUUAAAGAUUAAGUAAAACAUGGCAAUAA